AUGGUUAAUUUUCAUGAGCUUCAAGAGCUUUUUCUCCUGAGUCAUGCUCAUGGCAUUUUGGAUGACGAAGAGCUGCUGAUUUUGUACGAGGAGUAUUGGCCAAAAAAUCCCGACUUUUGCUAUGAGAAUUACGAAAGGUUUUCUCUUGAUGAUAUGAAUGAUGCAGAGUGCUUGGCCAAGUUCAGGUUCAGAAAACACGAUCUUCCACUUCUCGCCAGGGUCCUUCAAAUACCAGACAGUUUUACUUGUUACCAAAGAACCGUAACAAGUGGAAUGGAAGGACUUUAUGUUCCUCUUAGAAGGUUAUCUUAUUCCUGCAGAUUCAGUGAUAUUAUUCCAUGA